GUCGCAUCUACCGUCUUCAUGUUGGAACCUCCCGCUCUUUUUGCACACCCUUGAUGCUCUUCGACUUCUGCGCCGACCAUGGAAACUCUUAGCCGCCUCCCCCGACGCCUUACCCAGCUCUACUCCGACACGAAGGUCUCCUGCGAAGCCGUGAUAGAACAAGACACUCCCGCUGCUAUCCCAGAGGUAAAUGCGCUGCACCGCAAAUACCGCAUCCAGAAGCACCGCCUGAUAACGUGGGGCCUCGAAUGGAGCGACAACACCACUGGCCCGCAGGCAGACAUUGACGAGAGCGUUGAGCGUGCAGGCCUCACAGACACAGUCACGAGCGUGCUGGGUACUAUCAAGGAGAUUCUAGACGAGGCUGAGAAGAUGCACCCGCCUGCUGUGUCUACAGGGGGCAAGAGCCUUUCGGGAGAGAAGAGCGGCGCCAGGCCAUCUGAUCCCCCCUCGUGGGCGGCCUCCGACCGGUCACGGUAUGAGGACCUCGCCAAGGAACUUACUACCUCCAUCGACACCCUCUACGAUCUUUCAAGAUCAAGAAGAUCGCAACGCGACGGUGCUCGUGGUCUCAGCCCCAGUGCAAAGGCCAUCUCAGAGACCCCCAAAGCCCAAGCAUCCGUCUUCCUCUCCCCUGAAUAUAACGCUUCCGACGUUACCCUCAUCAAUCCCGCCACCCUCCCGACUCUACCAAAUAUUCCAAACGUCUCCUUCCGCUCGACCCUUCCACCCAAGCUAGACCCCUCUGAUCUGAUUCUCCCCUUGGAUGAACCACCUCCCUACGAAAGCGUUGGCGUCACGUCAUCUAUCCGUGUCAUAGGGCGACUCCGCUCGACACACAGCUCGACCAAUCCGUGGAAAACCGACGGUAGCAAGACAAUCGAGACACCUGUCUUGGUUGAGUACGCUGCGUUCGACUCGGCCUAUCGCGCUACUGAAGUCUCGCCUCCUACCGACCGUUUGGAAAAACUCUUGAGCAUUUUAGUGAACCUCACGAAUGAGCAGUCCUUCCACGGGACCCUCACGUGUCUCGGAUAUUUCGAAGACCCGAAGCAGCCCCGGUUUGGUCUGGUGUUCGAGCUCCCCCCGUUCGUAUACUCCGGUCCAACUGACUCGUCUAAAUUUUUGGAGGAGCUGCGACCGGUCACCCUCCUAAACGUGCUUCAAACUGGAUCAAAGUCCUUGCAUAACUCCAACAGCGCUACGCCCCCCCUAGAGGAUCGCUUUCGUCUAGCUUUCACCCUAGCUCUUACCUUUAGCAAGAUCCAUGGAGAACACUUCGUGCAUAAGGACGUCAACAGUAGCAACAUUCUAGUAUUUCGCAAAAGCCGGCGUCAGUCACCCAACAGCAAGGCGUUGCACUAUGCUCUGCGGUCUCCUGUCAUCUGCUCGUUCGAUCUGUUCUCCGAAUACGACGUUGAGCCUACCGACAAAAUGCCAACGCUAAAUAUCUACCGACAUCCAGAAGAUCCAAAGUUCACUGGUGACCAGGCAAAAGAGUACGGGCCACAGUUCGACUUAUACGGUCUUGGUUUGAUACUGCUCGAAAUCGGGCUCUGGCAGCCUCUUUCUGAUCUGUGGAAAGCCAAAUACACUUUGGCGGACUUCAAACAGCGCGUCGAAGAAGUCUACAUUCGUCGCCUUGCCUCAAAAUGCGGAACGGCGUACAUGCAGGCCGUGCGUGAUUGCUUCUGGGCAGCCGAUCGAAUUGCAUCAGGCGCCGAGAGUCUACACAACGGCUCAGACCUUUACAGCCGCAUUCGCAUUAGGCUCCAGAGGUGUUGCCUCCUCGACGAAGAUUCUGGUGAUCUAAGUUCUAAUUUAAGCGCGGGCCCUGGUGUUGCGCCUAUUGCCGGCUCAUUGUCACUCAAGCGGAAGGUUGGUAAUCCUCUCCAGGCCGCAGAUGUACCCCAAAGCCCAUCGUCAACUUAUAGAAGCCCCAAGCGCUGGGCUUUGGAGAAAGGUUCCCAGAUUCUAAAGCGGACUGAGUCACAGUCGAGGCCGUCCCCUAAAGGCUCUCCAAAUCCGUCGCAAUUAUCGCGAUCCGGUUCGAGGGGAUCUCAGCAUUCCAUCCGAAAGUCUAUAUCCCACAGCAUGCACACUCUGCUAAGUCCCAAGGAAGAACCCACCGAGCCUAUGGAUUGGCGAAUGACGCAUAACAGAGAUCCACUCGAAGAAUCCAUUUAUUUCGAGGCACCAUCAACAAAUCCCACCACGCCACCACUACCUGAAGAUAGAGGCGAUGCAUUUUCUUUGUCCAAUGAGAAAGUAGGCGAUGCCGCAAGCGUCAUACAAAGGGCAUGGAGAGCGUCGCGCACAGAGACGACCCCGCAGCGGUCAAUGUCUUUAAAGGAUUACAGAGACAAGAUCAUUAUUAUACAGAAGACCUGGAGAAAGAAAAAGGAAGGACGCGCGAUCCAAGCCUUGGUCUCUUCCAACCUCCUCCAUUGGCCGCAGGCUACUCUUGGUUUCCAGACAACCUUGGGAUACCCGACACCAGAGCCUGAAGCGCGAAUGGUUGAGACUCUCGAGCAGACUGAGAGAUGCAUCACUUCCUCCAUUCAAAUUCAGACAGACAUGGAAGCUUCUUCGCGACCAAAACUACGUCUUCACCCUGUGAAAUUCUCUCCCAGUAUCGUCGAUGAAUGGCAUACGAACAUGCUCCCUCGUUUGGAACGCCUCAUCGAGCGCACCCUCAAGGAUUCUGAGGAAACUAUCAGUAUCGAUCUCGUCGCCAUUGGAGAAACUCAAGCCAGCGCCCGCCCUACAAUAUUUGUCACGUGUACCAGCACCUCGAAAGUGAAAGCUGUGCUUGCUCGCCGAUUCCGAUACGAUGAUAGCGUUUACGAUCUCAAGGUCCGCCGGGGAAAGGUUCGACGAUCAAAGCUUAACAGGACGACACGACGAAGAAAACUACCGCACCGCUCAAUGAUGAAUACAGAGGUCUAUAAUGCCGAUAUGCAAGUCAUGAACCCUUUCCAUCAACAACGACCCCUCUGUGGCGCAUCGAUUGGUGCCUAUCGGGACGAGCAUCUUCCCCCAGUCUCUUUUGGUGGCAUUAUUCUCGCUGAUGGAGAGCCACUAGGAAUGAGCGUCCAUCAUCUCUUGGAUGCUCCCUCAGAGGAUGAAGAUAGCGAUUAUGGCGAUGAAGGCCCAAGUCCAAGCCCAAACGACGCAAUCCUCUCCAGCGCCAACAGCACCUCAAACCCUUGGCUCAUGGGCAUGGGCUCCCAGCCAGGAGUACAGAUUGCAUCCAACUCACCAGCACCGAUGUGGGAACUGGAGAUCUCAGACGACGAAGACAUGAAAAGUGACGAAGAUUUUGAAGCAGAAUCUUUCGAUCUCUCUUCUGAUGAAGAGUUUGAUUCGGACGAAGACUCCGAUGAAAAUGAUCUUGCUGAUUCAAUGACGUCACGUGGGACUACCGGAGAUAUCGAUGGGAUCCCUCUCGGAGAGGGCAAAGACAUUGUCAUAACACAACCCGCAAUUGAUGACGUUGAUGACAAUUUCUUCCCAAAUGAGGAGGACCGUGAUGAAGACCACCUCGAUUCUCACGAACUCGGAUAUGUACAUGCAUCUUCCGGUAUCCGGCGUUGGAAGCGGGAUGGUGUUGUUCAUGAGAUCGACUGGGCUCUACUGAAACUGAAUCCGGAUCGACUACAACCAUAUAACCUCGUUCAAGGAGGACGAAGGUUUUGCAUUGGGGCGACCGCCGAACCCGAGCAAGAAUUCAUCAAGUCUAAACUAGAAGAGCCUGUCUGCAGGCGUUACUAUAAGCCGGAAGAAGACGAGUAUCCCACCCGAGUUGCCAGUGCUAGUAGCUUGGGUGGGCUGCGCGUUCACUGCUUCGGUAGAACCUCCGGCCUGCAGGGAGGAAUCGUGGGCGCUGCAAUGAGCUCCGUUCGAAUCUACCGACGAAAAACAUUUUCCAGGAGCUGGCAUGUCGUUGGCGGAUUUGGAGUCGGUGGUGACUCUGGCGCUUGGGUCAUCCAAAAUAACUCACACCGCGUCUGCGGCCACGUCCUGGCAUGGUGCGAACGCAACAAUCUCGCCUACAUCUGCCCCAUGGAAGUCCUCCUCGAGGACAUCAAACGCACCAUUGGUGCCAAGCGCAUAAGCCUCCCCGGCUCUACCGAAGAAGCUCUUCAUUUCCCCUCUCGUUCUAACGGCAAAGGCAUCGCCGACCAAGAAUUCAAGGUUGAAGAAAUCGAAGUCGGCGUCGAAGGUCUCGGUAUUGUCGACUCUGCUGUCGAUAUGACUAGGCCGUCUGCGGGAGCAAGGCCCUAUCGCGAGCUGCCACUGCUUGUGACAAGUGGUGAGUCGGACAAGGAGAAUUUGCCUGUCCUAAGGAGCAGGGUACUGAGGAUGAAGGAAGGGAGAAGUGGCCAGUUGGAGAUGGUGACAAGCCCAGUUGAAGUUGGUGGUGGGAGGGGAAGAGGUUCAACGUAAGGAGGGAUUGAAAGGCAGCGAGCUAAUGAUGAGAGAAGUUGAGCAUUCUGGUCGUUUGAUACCCCCGGGCUAGUUUAGGUGGGAUUUUUGUAAGAUUCAGUUUUG